CACUAUCUGUCAAUUGGAUACCCGUUUACGGUUUAUGCGGAAAUAAAUAGAUCCAGGACAAUUUACUCUUUGAUAGCUUAACUAUGGACAGUCCAGACAGCGAAAGUAAUUACGAGCUGCUCUUGGAGUUGGUCAAUUCUCCAGAUUUUGAUUUGUAUCAGUGUCUAAGCUACCUUCAAAAGUACGCCGACAACAUUGGAAUACAUUACUUUUUAUGCCAGAGAGCAUCUAGAUAUCCCAUCGGCGAGCUCAGGUUUUUCAUCCCUCAAUUUCUUCAACUGCUGAUCACGGUGGAGACGGAAUCGGUGGCUCUCGAAGAGAUGUUGCGAACUUUAUGUUCAAGAGAUGUGCACUGCAGCUUGAUCACAUUUUGGCACUUACAGGCUUUGCUCCAGGACCUCAGCAAACAACCUGAAAGCGUUGGUUUCCAAACUUGCAAAAGAAUGCUCAAUGAUCUACAAUAUCAAUUAUUUAACUUCUCCAACAAUCAGCAUACGAUUACCUCCUCUACUACUUCGUCAUCUGGCGUUGUCACCAAGCACGAACUUCAUAAAUCUUUCAAGGAAAAUGUUGCACCCUCCAUAAUUUUAGCGACUUCCUUGAUAUCAGGAGCAAGUGUUCCUAGAAGCACCAAAUAUGUGGCGCCGAUAGUAAGAAUACAGGGAAAGCGACUCAAGUCAUUUGUAUUUGAAGUGGUUAAGGACAUCAAGAAAAGCUUGAACGAAAACCUGACAAAGAAGAACACAAUUAAUAAUGCGCUCUUGGGAAGAUCAAGAGAAGAGGUGGAAGGUUUAAGAAAUGGGAAACCUGUGAGUCGCGGGAAACGAAGCAUCUCGUCAUCGUCUGUGCAUUCUAAUGACUCUCAUAGAGAUCAGCUUAACUUUGACAUGAUAGACUCGUACGCCGAUAUUAACAUGCCAAGUCUCAGCAGACCGUCUUUGAAAGCAAAGAAAACAUCUUUGUCCUUGCUCAAAGCGCAAAGCGAUCAUUUUGACUACUCCAAUACCCACCACAGCGAAAGGUUACAUGAUAAUGCGGUUUCUUCGAUGCCCAAUCUUCAUAUGUUCAACAACGAUAACUCAAACACUGAAAUCCCGUACUCUUCAGACGGAUCAUAUGCUUCUUCGAUAAGGAACUCAUUUGAUUUUAGAGAUAGCAGCGAGAUUGAGAGUUUGUAUGGUGACGAGCCGGCCUCCCCUAAUUUGCCUCAAUCUUCCAAACUGUCUUAUAAAGUUCCCCUAUCAGAAUUACAACAGGUCAAACUUCUCAAAUCAAACUAUUUUAAAAACGAAACCCAAUUCGUAAUAGCGUUACAGAAUAUCUC